GUGUUGACGGCUUGAUGGGUAACAGCUUCGGUUAUCUCGAGGUACCGGACAAGACCGCGUCGGCAGUUAUGGGCGCCAGGUAUCGGCAGCUAGGUAGGGUUCUGGUAGUGCUCCCUGUAGGACACCUCAAGCCAGUCGGGCGCAACACAACCGAGGCAAGCGGAAUCCGGCGACAAUGACGCAAGUGGAUUUGUUAGUGGUUAUAGUGUUGGCGGUAUGGGAAACAAUAUCCUCCUGCUGACGUUGGCGUCUUGGGCGUUUCCGUUGUCGCCAAUACACGCGCAAGUCAAAACAG